GCUCUUCUUCGCUUCCUUCUCGACAUGUCUUUCGCCAGGCCAAAAGCUUCUCGCCCUGUUUCCCCCUCCCUCAGCAUCCGCGGCUCCCCCGUCGUCUCCAGCAGGGAGAGGCCGCAGACAGCGAGCAAGGAGCAGCUCAACUCUCUUCCUACCGCCGACCUCAUCGAUCUCAAGAGAUCUAUCGAUGAGAGGCUCGCAGAGAGGAGGGAGUACCGAGGGACCAGAAGCGACGAACCGUGGGAUCGACAAGGUUCUCAAGUGACGAUCGAGUAUGGCUCGCGCCCUUCCUCUGCCUAUCAGCCACGAGCGUCUCCUGUCGUCUCGCGCGCUGGAUCGCGGCCAGCAACUCCCGAUCGCUUCGUGUCGCGUCCUUCCUCUGCCGGCAGUGCUCGGCCCAUCUCACCCUACGAGCAGAGGACGAAGAGGCCCAUGACUCCGACGCUCCGAUCCUCCGAGCGACUCGUGGCGGACUUGGACAGGAUGGAGCCGACGGGAAGGACAAGGAUGGAGCGAGGGAGAGGAGGAGGAGGAGGAGGAGGCGGGGGGUUCGAGGACGUGGAUAUCUUCAGCAACGAUAGGAAGCCGAUGACUACUUUGGGCACGAUGAUUCGUCCUCAUAGCGCCAGAGUCCCCACUGUGACGGGCAAGAUUGGAGCAGCGAGCUUCGGAAUCACUCCUGUCAAGAUCAUUCCCCGCCCUCCCAAGGCUGGAGCUUUCAAGCUGCUGCCUGUGUUCAACCUGCUCAAGUCGAAGAAUAAGAACUCUGGCGAUACCAUCGACUACUCGCAGAGGAAAAGAACCAACGUCGGGGAGCUGAUCAAUGAGACGCUGGAGAUGUUGGAGACGCACGGAGGACCGGACGCUUACAUCAACAUCAAGUACAUGAUCCCUACAUACGAGAGCUGCAUGGUGGUAUAG